UCAACGACACCAAGAAUUAUAAUUAUUAUUAGUAGUAGAAAGUAAGAAUGUCAAAAUAAAACCCCUCAUUGACCUCUUCUGAAACCCUAAUUUUCCAAUUCGAUCUGAGAAGCUAUGGACGCUAUUGAUUCCGCCAUCGAUCCACUCAGAGAUUUCGCUAAAAGCAGCGCCCGUCUCGUCCAGCGCUGUCACAAACCCGACCGCAAGGAAUUCACGAAGGUGGCUGUGCGUACGGCGAUAGGAUUUGUGGUGAUGGGAUUCGUAGGGUUCUUCGUGAAGCUCGUAUUCAUCCCAAUCAACAACAUCAUCGUUGGAUCUUCUUAGGCUAAUACUCUUUUUACCAGGCUAUGCGCCAAGGAGUAGGAAGGAAAGAGACUCCAAAACCUGUUGUGAAACCUUGUAUUCUGUUUUUUUCUAGGUUACAUUUUCUCCCUUGUGGCCUAAUUUUCUAUACUUGUUUGAAUUUUCUUGUUUCUUUUGAUCUUUUCUUGCUAUUGCCUAAACUUACAGAGAUUUUACUUCUUUUU